CCGAUGUCGGAACCGGAAACCCGGCUCCCGACACCUGGGCGAGUCCCAUCAGGAUCAGCUUCUGUUGGUGCACUCCCUCCGUUAACAUUACCUCCGCCACGCCUUGAUCCUCUGGCAGGAAUCUCCUCCGUACAUCACUCGUAUGCUUCGCCUAGUCUUGCAACUCAGGUUGAUUUCUUAUGCGCUUACUUCUAUGAUGCCGUCGCCUAUACUGCAAUCAGGUAUGAUGUCGCCUGUAUCGACGCAAUCACCCCUCAGUCAUCAGAUGCUUUCUCCACAGCAGAAGCCUCAAACGGUUUCAUCAACUGGGCAACAACAGCUUCAAGAUGUGCGUCGGCAAGGUAUAAUGCUUGGACAAGACCAGAUACGGGGACAAUUUUCUCAUACCGUCACUACUGUGCCUUCAAAUAA